AUGUGUGUCAGCAAGCUGCUUGAUGUUGAGGAGCAUGUUUGGUCACCCAUGUACGGCCUGAAAGGAAACAUCGAUGCGACUGUUCAAGUCACGAUGAAAGACGGCAAAGAUCUCAAGACCUUGACCGUACCAUUCGAGGUCAAGACUGGCAAGCAUGCCAACGCCAACCACACGGCGCAAACAGCUCUGUACAACUUGCUCCUAUCAGACCGCUAUGAUCUAGAAAUCGUCUAUGGUAUCCUUUACUAUAUGGAGACAUCCCAGACGAUGCGCAUUCCCACCAUUCGUCACGAACUACGGCACAUGAUUAUGCAAAGAAACCAGCUAGCAUGUCAUAUUCGAGAACGCAGUGUUCAGCUGCCGCCGAUGAAAAGGAGUAAGAACAUGUGCGGAAAAUGCUACGCCAAGGCUCCGUGCUUCAUCUAUCACAAGCUUGCAGAUGACGGCAAUGGAGAAACGAGCGGAAUGGAUGUGCAGUUUGACGAGGUAGUAAAGCAUCUUACACCCAAGCAUCAGGAUUUCUUUCUCAAAUGGGAAAAUCUCUUGACGAAGGAGGAGAAGGAGACGCAGAAGCUGAAGAGAGAGUUGUGGACGAUGGUCAGUCAGGAGCGAGAGAAGGUGGGAAGAUGUUUCUCGGAUGUCAUCAUUGAGGAAGGCUCAUGGUCUGAAGACCAGGGAACUUCAAAGAUCAACCGUUUCAACUACACCUUCAUCAAGCGAGUGCCAAACCCUGGCCAUUCUUUCCUGGAGUCUCAGCUUGCCGUAGGUGAGCCCAUCGUCGUCUCCGAUGAACAGGGACAUUUUGCGCUUGCGCUGGGCUACGUUACCGCUGUCCGCAAGCAGAGAAUUAGCGUGGCCGUCGAUCGGCGGCUGCACAACGCGCGAAUCCGUCAACCGGGCUUCGACGAAUCCAACAACCAAGUCUUUGCCAGUAUCAUGGAGGUUGUCCCUGAAGGCUCCACCCAAGAUGACGCCCCAGGAAAGAUCCAGCAAGCACCCAUCCGUUAUCGACUUGACAAAGACGAAUUCAGCAACGGCAUGGCGGUCGUGCGAAACAACCUCGUACAAACCAUGGCGGAAGGUGUUUUCGGCUCUCGAGAAAUCCGCCGGCUUGUUGUAGACCUUGUUCCGCCGAGAUUCAAGUCAGCACCCACGCAGUAUACUAUCGCUGACCAAGAGUCCCUGAAUGUGGAUCAACGCAAGGCAAUUGAAAAAGUCAUGAGUGCUCAAGACUAUGCGUUGGUGCUCGGCAUGCCUGGUACAGGCAAAACAACGACGAUUGCUCACAUCAUCCGAGCCCUCACAUCCCAGGGAAAGAGUGUGCUGCUCACCUCGUACACUCAUACCGCUGUCGACAACAUUCUUCUCAAGCUCAAGGACGACAAAACGCCGAUCCUGCGUCUCGGCGCCCCCGCCAAAGUUCACCCCGAUGUGCAGCAGUUUGCGAUUCUGGCCGGCCAACCGAUGAACUCUUUCGAUGAAAUCAAGGCAGCAUGGCACGACACGCCAAUUGUCGCAACGACCUGCCUCGGUAUUGGACAUCCGCUCUUCAACGAACGGACAUUCGACUACUGCAUAGUUGACGAAGCCUCUCAGAUCACGCUACCCAUCUGUCUUGGGCCGAUCCGAAUGGCAAAGACUUUCGUCCUUGUUGGAGAUCACAAUCAGCUUCCGCCUCUCGUCCAAAAUGAGGAGGCACGCGAAGGCGGUCUUGAUGUCAGCUUGUUCAAGCUUCUCUCAGAUACACACCCCGACUCGGUGGUCAAUCUGGAACACCAGUAUCGUAUGUGCGAAGACAUCAUGACCCUUAGCAAUACCCUCAUUUACAAGGGGCGCUUGCGAUGCGGCACGGAGCAGCUACGAUUCAAGAAGCUUGACGUGCCAAACAUGAGCGCGCUGAAACAGCUUCACUACGACUCAUCGACCAUACUUCGUCCAGGCACUCCGAAGUCAUUUUGCACAUCCAUGGCGCAAAGCUGCUGCUGGCUUCGUGAACUGCUUGAUGGUGAAACCCGGGUGAAGUUUGUCAACACCGACACGCUUCAGCCCCUGACCCGUGAGGAGGCGAAAGGAAAUCGAAUUGUCAACCCGGCCGAGGCACGCAUAGUUACGCAACUAGUUGAGGGUCUACUCACCGUCGGAGUGCCUGAUGGAGAGAUCGGAGUCAUGACACACUAUCGUUCACAACUUUCCUUGCUCAAGCAUGGUCUUCGCGCCCAUGUCGGCGUGGAAAUGCACACUGCAGAUCGAUUCCAAGGCAGAGAUAAGGACGUCGUCAUUCUGUCCCUUGUCCGCAGCAACGAUAGUUGCAGCAUCGGCGACCUGCUGAAGGACUGGCGCCGCAUCAACGUGGCCUUCACUCGCGCCAAAACCAAGCUUCUCGUCGUCGGAAGUAAGAGCACAUUGAAGGGCAGCGGAAAAGAAGAGAUGCUCAGCAAGUUCAUUAGCCUGAUGGAAGAGAGAGACUGGAUUUACGACCUGCCUGCCGAUGCUUUGGAGAAUCACUUUUUUGACGAUACGUCGACACAGCUGACCGCCAGCGGCGUAUCGCCUCUGAAGACAAGGAAGAACACGAGUCCAAGGAAGGGCAUCAGUCCAAGAAAGAUCCCGAAGUUGGGAUUAGGUGUCGAUAAGGAGAACCGGCGACCGGAGCCCAAGAGGGCAAGAAUUGGAGAGAAAGUGCUUAUGAAGGAUAAAGUCAUUCUCAGGGAUAUUCUGAAUGACAUGACAAACGGCGGUUAUUGA